UUCAAUUAUAUCUUUUAGCUUCAAUGCAUGAGUUGUAUUUUAUUGAGUUUCAUUCUUUUCCCUUGAUUAAAAACUUCAGCUUUAAUGGUUAUAUAUAACGGUUGCUAAGACAAAGCCACUAAUCCGUAUAUUGACUUAUCAUGAAACAUAUGAAAACAGUACUUGGAUCGUUUUUUUAAAUUCCGAUUUUGAACUUUAAGGAACUUGUUUUGCAACUUCCGAAAAGUCGAACUUUCAUGCUGAGUUGUUAUAUUCAUUUCUGAACGUAGCACGUCAAAUUGUAUUUGAUGUUGAUGAAAUGGUUGGUAAUUGACUAAACUAUCUACUUACGGUGUCACGGAAUAAAUUAAUAACACCAUUUUUUUCGUUGAUUUUCUGUUAUCUGAAGAAAUAAUUAUGUAUAAACCAUUCCAGUAAUCGAGUGUAAUUACUAUAGUGAAUCCUUGAAAAGCAACAUUACCAAUCGUUUAUGUCCCAUUUGUAAGUAAUUAGUCUAAACUCUCUAUCUGAUUAUUUAAAAUCGUACACAUAUUCCAGUAAGUCAGUUCAGUGAGUUGAACACAUUACUUUCAUUUGAUUAUUUGUAGUUAGUCAGAAAUACAAGUGUUACACUGUUUGAUGAAUUGAUUUUGACAUCAGAUUGAAGUUGUUCGAGUUCAAGGUCAUCCCAACAUUUAAUUCAACUCACUUCUAUACGAAGUUCGAUAUUUCUUUCAGCCCAACCGCCCGUGUUUAUGUGAUAAGACAAUCAACCAAUCGAAAUAUAUGCUUAUGAUGGAUGAUGAUUUUUAUAAUGAUUCAAUUGGAGAUCAAAUUCUUUUGGAAUUAAAUAUCACUAACUUUACACCAACGUUAAAUGACAAAAACAAACAAACUAAAGAUGAAAUUAAUGGUUUAAAUGAUAACUCACAUUCAUUAUUAACCAUACCAGAUCAAUUUUUUGAUUUCCCCUAUCCGAAACCAUAUUCACAACAACUUGAAUUGAUGCAAACAGUCUAUAAGACAUUAGAAUCUAACUGUUGUGGUAUAUUUGAAAGUCCAACUGGUACUGGCAAAUCAUUGAGUCUAUUAACAGCAACAUUACGUUGGCUUUUAGAUUAUAACGAAAAACAGGUUUUAUUAUUAAAUAGUCUUCAAUCUCAGUUAAAAUUAACGAAUCAUGAAAAUAAAGAGAAUAAUUCUAAGGAAUACGAUUGGAUAGUAGAAUAUGAUAAAAAUCGUUUAUUAAAAAAACAAAUUGAACCACAAAUUGAAGAUCUUUUGAUCUAUCAAUCUAAUUUACAAUUAAUUGAGAAAAUGAAAUCAUCUUCCUCAUCAUUACUGUUUAACCAUCAAACUGACUUUUUAAAUGUUGAUGAAAUGACCAUAACUGAAGCGAAUAUUGAAAGUAUUGAUAUUGAGCAAUUGAAAAAUAUAAUAGACAAUUCCAAUGAUCAGUAUGACUGCGAUGAUGAAUUAUUUUUAUGUAAACCUGAUGAAAACUUAUUCGGUAAAAAUAAAAUUAUCGAAUUAGAUGAAAUUGAACUGGAACAACAGUUUGAAAGUCAAGAACAACAAAAAUCUGAUAAUGGAUUAUUACAUGUAAUUUAUUGUAGUCGUACUCAUUCACAACUCGGACAAAUAGCCAAAGAAUUUGCAAAAUGUAAAACAUUAUUUAGUAAAGUCACAAUAAUUCAAUUAUCAUCAAGAAAUUUGUUAUGCACUAAUGAAACCAUUUAUCAGUUAAAACACCCAGAUUUAAUUAAUAUUGCUUGUCUUGAAUUGAAUCGACCGCGUAAUCGUGAGGAAGGUCAAUCGAAAGUUUUCAGAUGUCCAAUGCGUAACUCAACAGCUGUUAAUAAUUUAUCCAAGCACCUAUUAAUUGGUAAUUCAGCUUUAAAUAUAACCAGUAGUAUUAGAGAUAGAAAGUCAAUGAAUAAAUUAUUUUCGGAAUCGAACUUGGACAACAUAAAUUUAAGUGAAUUUAUCGAUUGUUUAGAAUAUCAACACUUUAUCAUGAAAUUAAUUGGUUUCUCUAAAUGGUCUAAUAAUAUACAACAAAAUUCGAAACAUUUAGAAAAUGUUGCAAUUAGCCAAACAGUUUGUUCACAAAUGACAAAUUUAUUAAACGCUAUGAAAAGAAAAUAUUCUGAUGAGAAUAAUCAAUGUGGAGAUACAAGUCAGGUUUGUAUUUCGAAUAAAAAAUCUAAAAUAGAUAUUGAAAAGUCUGAAGGAAUUGGCUCCAGUUUAUUUAAAUUUCAUAGCUUUCUUAAAGCUUUGGAAUUUUGUGAAGAAGAUGCACGUAUAAUUAUUGAACCUGUUAAGAACCCAACAAAAUUAAAUUUAUCAAUCUCCUCAUCUGAUAUGUUGUCUUCGUCAAGUAAUCUUAAAGAUGAUACUCAAGAUUUGUGUUUACGUGUGGUAUUUUUAAAUCCUGGAAGGUAUUUAAAAGAUCUAGUACAAGAAGCUAGAAGUGUCCUUUUAGUCGGUGGUACAAUGCAACCAUUCAACGAAGCCAUUGAACAAAUAUUUAUACCAUCUGGUAAAUUAUCCAAUCAAAUCGUCACGUUUACAUGUGAUCAUGUGAUUAAUGCGAAAAAACAAUUAGCUGUUUAUCCUUUAGGUGUACAUAGCCAUCAAUCAAAUGGGGAAGUAUUUUCAUUAGAUUUCACAUACCAGAACCGUUCUAAUCCACAUAUGAUAGAUGCAUGCGGUGAAAUAAUUUUACAAAUAUGUCAACAACUGCCUGCUGGAAUUGUUGUGUUUACUCCAUCUUAUGAAUAUCAGUCAAUUUUACAUAAUCAUUGGGAGGCGACAGGUUUACUGAAUAAAAUAACAAAGUAUAAAAGUUUCUUUCACGAACCAAAAACAACAAUUCAAUUAGAUCAAAUAAUGCAAGCUUAUGGAGUAGCAGCUACCCAAAAACUGCAACAUAGACAUGGAGCGCUUUUGCUAUGUGUGAUUGGUGGAAAACUCAGUGAAGGAAUAAAUUUCACAGAUGAUUUAGCUCGAGUUGUGAUCAUUAUCGGCAUGCCAUAUGCAAAUCCACAGUCCCCAAUUUUAAGAGAAAAAAUGAAUUAUUUGGAUAAGCAUUUCAUUCGUGAAUCCCAAUCUACACAAAAUCCAGGUAGGCAAUAUUAUGAGACAAUGUGUAUGCGUUUAAUAAAUCAAGCUAUUGGUCGAUCUAUACGACAUGCAAAGGAUUAUGCUGUUGUCUUCUUAUUGGAUAAUCGGUACUAUCGUUCAACGAUUCAAUCACAAUUACCUAAAUGGGUUCAACAAAGUAUUAUUCAUCAACAAUCAAAUGAUAAACAAUCGACUUCACUGUCAUCGUCAAAUCAUUACAGAAAGUUCUUAAAUUUAUCAGAAGCUUUGGAGCAUGCUAAGAGAUUUUUCUUAAGUAACAAGGAGUGUUUGGAAUAGAAGAAAUGAUUCCUUUUUGGAAAAAAACGAGGGAAAUUGACUUGGUGUGUAAUCUUUGUUUUUAGUCUUACAUUUUUUCAUUCUCACGAUACUUUUUAUGUAUUCAGGUACUUUUUCUAAAAUUGCAAUUCAUAAUGUGAGGCAAGGAAAAUGUUUGGGUGUAAUGGUGAUCAGAUUUCAAUUAGUAGGACGAAAGUCGAUUUCAAUGCAUUUAAUUAAUAAUUUUUUUAUUUACUUUAUUAUCUCUGUUUAUCAAUUAAUGCACUCCUGAUUGAAUAAAUUUUCUCAUUACUUAUUAUACUUGUUAGCAAAUCCUGAUCUGAUCUACUACCUAGUUUAGCCACUAUCAAUGCGUACACUCCUAAUGCUUUAUCAACUCUUUAGUAAGCUUUAAUACCAGAAAAGCAUAUACGUACAACAGACAGACUUCAUAAUUGGCUUCAGGAUAUUAGAUUAGGUUAGAUGAAUAGUUCAUCUAUUCUUGAACUGAUGAAUGCUUAUAUCCUACUUGAGAUAUUUUGCAUCUUGUCUAAUUCGCUCGGUUUUUUGAUGUUUCAACGGUCCUUUACUCAACUUUAUUUUAUUGUGUUGCUGUAGAUGGAGUGUAACAUCAUCUUGUUUAUUGUGACAAAGCCUUUUUGUUUACCGUCCUGUAGGAUCAAGGAAAAAAUGUCGCAAAGAUUCCUACGUUUCUUGAGAAUGAAAGGUGGUGUCAUCCCUAAUUUGAAAGUGUAAAGAAAACUAGUUAUAUAACCCUAGUUCACAUGAGGUAUUCCAUACAGGAGUUUUAAUAAAAUUCAGUCGCAUGUAGUUUCUCUUUGUAUGAACAGUUUUUUUUAAUGAUGAACUAACUCCCUAUAAUGUAAGUGUUAACAUACAGUUUUAAAUAAAAUAGAAACAUCUCACAGACAAUUAACCGAGAAAUUCACAGUAAUAUACAGAGCAUUUACCAGUAGUUCAGAUGCAUCCAUAUCCAGUCUUGAAACCAGCCUUGUUUCCAACAGCUCGCUCUUUACGAGCCCUAAAUUAGCAUUAACGGAUCAUCAGUGUUAACAAUUUAAACACUAUACUGAUCAAACUGAAUCCUUCGUGAUUGUGAUAGGAGGAUUUUUGUCUCUUAUUACAUACUGGGACAAUCAGCGAUCGAGACCAGUCAUAGGAGAUUACGUCUAGUUCCCAGAUUCUAUCUAUGACCUCAUUUAAUCUAACUGCUAAAACUGCACCACCAUCUUUAAAAAUCUUCAGGGUUAAUCAAUCAGGUCAUGGUGCUCUCCCUCGCCUUACAUUGAGCACAGCCUUUUCAACCUCACUAUGAGUUGAAGGAUUUUCAUCAAAUCGUCAUUUAAAUUAUACUUAGAAAUGGUGGAUAACUGAAGUCCAGUAGAACUGUCUCCUAAAGUAUUCUGCUCACCAGUCCAAUCUCCUACAUUAGGUGAAUGACAGUCCCAGUCCUUUCCGAUAUAGUCUCACUAACAACCGAAAUUUCAAUACCUGAUUUUUUGAUAAGUGUGAAUACUUUUUAACAUUUUUUCCUUUUACGUUCGCUACCCACCACCUUGCACAAUCAUUCGGUAGGGUUUUCUUGCCCACUAACUCUAACCACCUAACAUUCGAACAAUAAAUAAUCAACAGUUGUAAAUCUACUGACGGCUGGAAGUUAGGAUCGGUCUAUGUUGUAAAAUGUUUAGUUAUUCAAAUGGAGUGAUGAUUAAUGGAUUAUUUUUACACAGCUAUGUGCACAACCUAAAGAUAACAAUAAACAAAUAAUGUUACAGAAUACAUACGAGUUAUUAUAAAAAAGAAAUGAAGAAAUAAUACAUGAUUACAAUUUCGGAGAAAUUAUAACAUUUCUGUGUAACAUACAGAUUUCCUAUUAUCCGAAAUCUUUUUUUUAAAAAAAAGUUAUUAAAAUAAUGAAAGCACCACAAACAAUUAUGCAGUAUUUAUUUCAGCUCAAUUAUAAAUCACUUCCUUACUUUGUACUACACUUUCAGUGUAUCAACAAUAAAAAUAAUUUCUUUGACUUGUAUAUCUUCUCUAUACACAAAGUGUUGGAGAUUUAGAUUGGCU